AUGACGAGUUCGACAGUCGAUCAGCAAGUACGGAAGAUGGCUCCACUCUAUCCAGAAACCAACUAUCACGCAAGCACCAGGCGACAGACUGACCGGACAACAUUUUCCUCAACACGUACACAUCCGAUGUUUGAAAGCUUGUCGAGGUGGAUGAACUUUGGCAACGACCCCGCGUACCAGGCCGCCCUGGAUGCAGCCACCCGGAGCUCCGUCCUCGCGGCCCCCUCCCAAACACCAACCUUCGCACCUUCACUAUCUCCCCCGCCACCACCACCCACCACCCAACCGCACGAAACAAGCCCCUCCCUGGAGCUAGGCCCUCGCAGCCGAGGAUCUGGCGGUGGUGCGCCCGCGUCCCAGCCGCUUCCCCACGUUACAUCCGGGGCUGGCAGCGGCCAUGCAGCCGGCAGCUCUAUCGGCAUGCAGGCGCGCGGUGACCGCCGGAGCCAGCAGCAGCCGCAGCAGCCACAGCAGCAAGAGCGGCGGCAGCCCCGGGACACAGCCAGCGGUGUGGUCUCCCAGAGAUCAGGGUCGGGAUCUGAGGCUGUGGCGGCUGCGGAGGCUCAGCUGUCCAGGACGCGCUUGGAGGCUGGGAGGACGCGGUCGGGAUCGAGGACGGACGAGGCCGGGGGGGUGAAUCAGACGGGCGCCGGUGGGGCGAGGAAGGAAAGCGGAUGGUUUGGAUCCUACCAUGUGGGUUUGUGGGGUAUGGGGGAGCACCUGUCCCCGGGGGACCUAUCCGCCGGUCUCAAGAGCGGGCGGCUGUUCCGGGGGAGGAUACGGAUCAACCCGGGGAACACAGCGGAGGCCUACGUGACGGUUCCCGGCCUCCCCCACGACCUGCUGGUCCGCGGUGAACUGAGUCGCAAUCGGGCAGUGGAGGGGGACGAGGUGGCGGUGCAGGUGCAGCCGCCCACUGCCUGGUUCGUGAAGAAUAAGGGAAGCCAACAGCAACAACAACAGCAACAGCAACAGAAGCAGCAGGCCGCUGCGGGCACACAGGCCACGGGUCGCGGUUCCAGCGAGGAGGCGCCAUGGCAGUCCUGCACCUCCCCCGACCAGGUCAAGCAGGUCAUGUGCGACUUACUGGCAGCGAGGUCAGAACUUAGGGCGACAGCCAAGGUGGUGGCCGUCUUGGACCCCUCCCCCAAACGCAGCCAGCUGGUGGGGCUGCUGCGCCUGGUGGGCCGGCUGCCAGACACAUCCCUGCCCUCCUGGGACCCCUCCAGGGAUGGUGCAGCCAUGCCGGGGCCCCUCAACGCGGCCGUGGAGGCGGCGCGGGCGGCCGCUCUGCAGCUGCACCUUGUGCCGCUGGACCCCCGCCUGCCGACGUGUCGUGUGGAGGCGGACAAGGUGUAUAACUUGUCACCGGCGUUGCUGGUGGGGCUGCUGAGGGGGGAGCAGACGGCGAGCAGGACUCUGGUCUCCGCCCUGCUGCUCAGCUGGCCGCCCGCCAGCCAGCAGCCCCUGGCCGGUCUGCGCUCCAGUCUGGGCCAGGCGGGGGAGAUAGAGAGCGAGACUGCCGCCAUACUGGAGGGGCAGGGCAUCCGAGCGACGGACUUCGAGCCCCAGGUGUUGGCGUGUCUGCCCCCCCUCCCCUGGAGGAUUGGUGAACGGGAUCUCGCCGGGAGGAGAGACUUCCGCUCCCAGCGUGUGUUCUCCAUCGACCCCCCCACUGCUAAGGAUCUCGAUGACGCUCUGUCCAUUGAGCCGCUGACCGGCGGGGGGCCUGAGGCGGCGGAGGGAGCCGCCUGGCGCGUGGGGGUCCACAUCGCGGACGUCUCCCAUUUCAUUGAGCCGUUCAGCGCUCUGGACGUGGAGGCGGGCCUGCGGUCCACCAGCACGUACCUGGUCCAGCGGGUAGUGCCCAUGUUGCCGCCCUUGCUGUGUGAGCAGCUGUGCCCCCUCAAUCCGGGGGAGGACAGACUGACAUGCAGUGUGGUGUGGGACAUGGACAAGCACGGCAACAUUCUGUCAACGUGGUUUGGUCGCAGCGUCAUUCGCUCCUGCGCCAAGCUGACUUACCCGCUGGUCCAGAAAAUGAUCGAGGGGGAGUUCCACGCGGAGGAUACGGGUGUGCCACUUCACGGGGAGGGAGUGAGCUGGGAGCAGGAAGCCAACCAGCUCGUGGAGGAGUUCAUGGUGUUGGCGAACAUCAGCGUAGCCAAGUUCAUAUCCCAGGUGUUUCCGGAUAGGGCCAUGCUGAGGCGCCACCCUCCCCCAAACGACACCAAGAUGCAGGAGCUUCGGGAGGCGGCCGAGGCGGCCGGAGUGGAGCUGAAUGUGUCGUCAGCCGCAGCCCUGCAGACCACCUUGAAUGCGCUGCGGGCCAGUGCCCCCCCGCCCCCACCGCCGGCAGGAGAGGGGGAGGGGGAGGGGGAGGGGGGGAGAGAGGGCGGUGCGGGGUUGUUGUCUGCCGCCGCUCGCCACCGUCGCAAGGUGGAGCUGCUGGUGAUGUUGGCCACCCGGCCCAUGCAGCUUGCCAAGUACUUCAGCACGGGGAGCUUGGACGAGGCGCAAUGGCUGUGGAGGCACUAUGCCCUGGCUAUCGACCACUACACGCACUUCACCUCCCCCAUUCGCCGCUACCCGGACGUGGUAGUGCACCGGCAGCUGGCGGCGGCGCUGGACGUGACCCAGGGGGGCUUGAGUGUGGAGGAGGCGGCCAGGAAGCACCGCCUGCUGGACCCGGCUCUGACAGACCGUGUGGCGGAGCACUGCAACGAGCGCCGUCUGGCCGCCCGUGACGCCCAGGACGCCUCCCUGCGGCUCUACCUGUGUGUGCUGCUGGCCCGCCAGCCGCGUAUUGUCCUGGGCACCGUCAACGGCCUGGGCGGAAACCUCUUCUUCUCCGCCUACCUCUCCGAGUUCGGGACCGAGGUCACGGUGGUGCUGGGCAAGACGGGUGUGCCGCUUACGGCGGAAUGGAACCAGGGUGCCAAGGUGCUGACGCUGACCCGCGGGUCACAACCGCAGCUGGACGGCGGCGAGCUGCCGCAGGGCGCCGGCGCUCUCGGCCGGAAGCAACGCAGCCAAGGUGGUAGUGGUGCUGGUAGUGGUGGUGGGCGAGGUGGUGGGCGACGGGGUCAGCAGAGCCGGCAGGGCUCUGGUUCAGGUGGUGGUGGUGGUGGUAACGGUGGUGGUGGUAACGGUAGCAAUAGUGAUAGCAGUCUUAGUUUGGUUGAGUGGGUGGAAUCGCUGCCUCCGGUUUGUAACCCGUACGGUUUGCAGCCGGUAUCAGUUCCGCUGCACCUGCGCCAGUUCGACGACGUGCCGCUGCUGGUGACGGCGGAGUUGGUCGCGGGGGAGGCCCCCAGACUGGUGGCACGGAUGUACCUGCGUGAGGCGGAGAGCGCCGUGGAGGAGAGCAGCAGGAGGAGGGGAGCGGAGGAGGAAGAGGCAGCUGCAGCCGGAGCAGCUGCUACAGCCGCGGAGGCGGUGGCGGAGGGGCCAGUGGUGGAGGAGACUGAGGGGGGUAUUGGUACGGCGGUACGGCAGUCCAUGGUGCCCUGGGACAAUAUGCUGAUGGAUUGAAGGGGGCCGUGUGGCUGCCCGCGUUCAGUGUGGGAGGGAUAGACUUGCAGGGAGUUGUGUCUUUGCAGAGCGGUUAGCGCGUCGCAUUCUUCUCUUGCCGUUUCUUUAAUAAGAAGGCCAUAACAGCUCUCAAAGUACCGCAGUACGGCAAGCAGGAGUAGCAGCAGCAGCAGCACAGGUUUUGCCUGAGAUUGUUUUUCGUUGGCGGUUUAAACUGGCAUUUGUAUUAACAAUGGUCACAGCGUGUUGUUGCUCUCUUUGCGCUUACUUCCAUUUCGGACAUGAGAGCAGGGAACAAGGAAUGCGCAAGUUUCAUUGCGCGCAUACCUGUCAUUGCGAUUGACGCUGGUGUGAAUUGUGUACGACUGUAGUACGCUGGCAUGUACGAU